AUGUCAUGGCGCUCGCUGCUCUUCGCAGCUCUGCUUACGGUCUGUAUAGUCGCGAGCAGCAGCCAGGAGACAGGUCUGAACGCCGACUGGGAGGACGAUUACCUGGAGGAGCGGGGAACGGGGCCGAAUCCUCGUCGCCUCCUGGCCUCGGCCUCAACCCUGCCCACCUGCGAGGCCGACAUCUUCUACAAUGUAGUGGAGCUCAACCCACCCAGCAACUUCUCGGCCGUGGUAUCCAUCACCAACAACCGGGAGGUGUCCAUGAGCCACUGGCAGCUGGUGUGGACAUAUGACACCUUCAGCCAUGUCCUGCUCAGCACCACCGAUGGGGCGAUUGCCCUGACGGCAGGCUCCCCCGGCGGGGCGCCCGUGCGCCUGGUAGAUACCUUUACCACCGACGGCAUCGCUCCAGGUGGCGGAGCCUACGCCUUCCUCACCGUCGGCCAGUUUGUACCAUCCGGUCUCUACCCCGACGACUCCCUGCUGGUGAAUUCCGUCAACCUAAACGGCUUGGACUGCAGCCGGGUGUUACCCGACCCCGGCUUGACCCUGGGAUGCAGUCAGGACGACGACGGUUCCUCCGGCGGCACUGUGGCCCAGGGCGGCUGCCGCGCGGUGUACUGCUGCGGCUAUGUGCUGUCCACGCCCGCCGCACUGCCGCCUGCCACCGAGAAUGGUGGCGCGGUGCCUGCGGCGCCGCCCAUCGCCGGCACGCCCACCGCGCCCAUCGAGUCGACCGGAGACACAGACACCGGCGAGGGGUCCGGCUGGCAGGACUCGCCCGGGUCAGCCAUGCCGCUGACCAGCCACGGGACGCUGAGCCAGGCGCUGUCGGUGAACAGCGGCGCCACGCUGACCCUGCCCAACCUGCAGCCCAGCGGCGGGUCGGGCAGCGUGCCCAGCGCCCUGGAGAGGGGACCCAGCGACGCCGGCGCAGCGGUGGCGGAGCUGGGGCGCCUCAAGUCUGCCGACCUGGCCACGCAGGUCACCCUGCAUGACCAGCUGGGCUCGGGCGCCUUUGGCGUCGUCUACCGGGCCGAGUGGAAUGGGCACCCCGUCGCCGUGAAGGUACUGCAGAUGACGUGCCGGACUCACAGCAGUCGCGAACUAGAUAGCUUCAAGCGCGAGGUGGAGGUCCUGUCCACGCUCAAGCACCCCCACAUUGUGUCCUUCCUGGCCGCGUGCACCGUGCCCCCCAACAUCUGCAUCAUCGAGGAGCUGGCGACGGGGGGCAGCCUGCACGCCCGCCUGCACGGCAAGCCGGGGGCCAGGAAGCGGCGGCCGCUCCCCUACCACGAGCUGCUGGGCAUCGCGGCCGGCAUCGCGGAUGCCAUGGUCUACCUGCACCCCAAGGUGGUGCACCGGGACCUCAAGUCGCAGAAUGUGCUGCUGGACGCCGAGGGCCGAGCCCUGGUCUGCGACUUUGGCAUCGCCAAGUUCAAGGACCGGACCUUUGUGAGCACGGCCAACGGGCAGGCCGGCACCCCGGCCUAUAUGGCCCCUGAGAUGUUUGAUGGUGCAGGCAUCACCGAGAAGGUCGACGUCUUUGCCUUUGGCGUGCUGCUGUGGGAGAUGCUGACGGGGGACGUGCCGUGGAGCCACGUGCCCUCCCCCAUGCAGAUCAUCUACUGCGUGGGCGUGAUGGGCCAGCGCCUGCCCCUCCCCCCCGCCUGCCCCCCCGUCCUCCGCGCCCUGAUCGAGGCCUGCUGGGCCGAGACCCCGGAGCAGCGCCCCUCCUUCACCACGGUCCUGGCGGAGCUGCGCGGCGAGGCGGCGGCCCUCACCUCCCUCCCCGCCGCGCUGUCCGACGACGGUGGGGUCAAGGCCCUGCGCGCCAAGCACGCCGCGGCCUCCUCCGGCUCUGAGGCCAGCCCCUUUGCCAGCAUGUCCAACGUGCCCUUUGGCACGUCCACGGGACUGGUGGGGGAGGAGCUCAACGUGCGUUCCAGGAUACCCUCCGCCAUGGUGGACGGGGGUGCGGGAGCAUAG